UCUACCUCCAUAGCCCGAUGGACGCCAUAACGAAAUAAAAAAUAUUCGGCGGCACCGGCACGGCGCUGUCGGCGCAUUGCGCAUGCAACAGCGUGUGGGAUACUUCGAUGUUCGAUGUCCCGACUACCGACAUUGGUAAAAUCGUAAUUCUUAUUGCACUGUUGUUAUAUUGCGUAUGGCUUAGUCAAAGUGAGACUAAAUAGAAUUUUGAAUUUCAAUUACUCACAUGGAAUACAUACGUUCGUCAUUCAGGCAAUCAGAUUUCGAUUGGUCAAGCUGCUCCUCAAACUUCUAAGUCCAGAGUAAAGAGAUUUCAGGAGUAGUUACAUUACUUCUUAGUUCUAACAUUGUCGUCAUUGUGCACACAUUCCGUCAAGGGUCAUCCAUAUCAUUGUUUCAGAUCUGUUGAUAAUCUAUCCAUCAUUUACCAUCAUGUCUGAUGAUAUGUCAAAAAACUACUAUGAAGAUGACCAAGUACCUAGUACCUCGGGUAUCACCACAAAUCGCAGCAACACGCCUGACAUAAUUAGUUCUGCCAACAGCCUAGACAUAGAAAAUGGCAAAAUUAAAGAAAAAGUUAUAAGACGCAGUAUUACACCUUCAAAUAUUACUGAACCAAGUGAUUCAAAUAAGAAAAACAAUUCUAAAUCUGAUUUAAAUUCAACCGGGAUCAAAGUUAUUAGAUGUUCUGAACAAUGUCUUGACAAUGUCGAUGCUGCUAUAUUUAAUGCUGAAAAUGUUUUGAAAAGUAUUAAAAAAAGUUCAAUUAAUCCAAAAUCUAUGUUGAAAGAUCUCUGUCUGUCAAAUGUUGUUAAAAUAGUUUCUAAGGAUGAUGUUAUUGCUAGUUAUAAUAAGGGUAAAAAUUCAAGAGAUGAAGAAAAUUCAAUUAAAAAAAAAACAAAAAACGUUUCAAGCCGUAUAAUAAAUAAUGAUAAUUCAUGUAGCAGUAUGGAAACUGAUGUUGAUAUAGACAUAGGCAACAUGAAUAUUAACUCUCAURUUUAUACCAAGGAACAAUCUAAUGAUAGUUUAAAUUCUACUUCAACGACUAUUGUGAUUCCUAAUUUAGUGGUAUCAACUCCCAAAACUAACAAUAGAGAAGAAAGUAAUCCUGAAUAUUUAACACCUUCUACUUCUAACUGCGAUAUGUCACCUGAUAAAUCUAAAUCAAAAUUCAAAGAUACUGCAACUAUAACAAUUCCAUCUAUUUUAGAAAUAGGUGAUCCAUCAUAUAGUUUUAUAGUGUCUGAUAGCAAAAUACAAGAUUUUAUAAAAAAUGCAAAAAUGAUUGAACCUGAUAACAUUGAAAAUGCCUAUGACCCGACAGAAAUAGAUGAAAUUAUUAAUCAUGAAAUAAUUUUAGGUACACGUUACUAUUUAGUGAAGUGGAAAAGAUGGUCUAAAGGAUUUAAUACAUGGGAACGUUUUGGUGCUCUAUAUAAAUCACAAAAUCUCAUACUUCAAUAUAUCAAAACUAAAAAGRCUGAUAAACAUAUAAAUGGAAAAGUAAAUGGAAUAGAACUUAUGAUGUCGAGAAAAGUUAUUUCCAAGUUGUUUGAUUACUUUAGAACGGAGACUGGUUUAUCUCUGCCAGCAAUUUUACCUGAAAAUAUAAUUGGUUUAUUUAAUUGUCUCGAUGUUGGUCCUAUAAAAAGUCAAUUAUUACGAAUUAAAUGUUUUCAAUUAUUUUUGUCUUCAGUUUCAUUGGGAUAUUAUAGACAACAACAGUUAAUCAAACUCAGACAGUGGGAAAUUGACAUUAAUGUAAUGACUCAAGGUUACCAAAUCAAAGUAGAAAAUAACAUGGAUCUUGAAGGACCACCAGAUUUAUUUGUAUAUGUUUCAGAUUAUAUUCCUCAAACAAACAUUAUUAUACCGGAUGAUCCUCCUAUUGGAUGUACUUGUAAAAGAAAUUGUCAAUCUCCUGAAGAAUGUUGUUAUGAAAUGUCAGGUUGUUUAAAAGCAUAUGAUAAACACAGAAAUAUAAUAGUAGCUCCUGGUAAUCCAGUGUUUGAAUGUAAUAAAAAAUGUAGAUGUACAAAUUCAUGCACCAAUAGAGUGGUUCAGCUUGGUAGCAAGGUAAAUAUUUGUAUUUAUAAGACAAGCAAAUAUGGCUGGGGCGUUAAAUCUGCCCAAAACAUUCAAAAAGGUCAAUUUGUUGGCAAAUAUAUUGGUGAAAUUAUCACAGUUAAAGAAUCUGAACAACGUUUAAAUAAUGGAUCGUCUUUAUUGGACAACAUGUGGAAUUUAGACUUUGAUGAUCCACAGAAUUAUAAAUAUAUCAUUGAUGGUACACAUUUUGCCAAUUUCACAUAUUUUAUAAAUCAUUCAUGUGAUGCCAACUUAAACGUUUAUGCUGUAUGGAUUAAUUGCCUUGAUAGAAAUCUUCCAGAGUUAGCCUUAUUUGCUAGCAGAGACAUUUCAGCUGGUGAACAACUUACAACUGAUUAUUUUUCUCGUAUUAGUGAAGAUGCUUUGAAAAAAAGUGGCACUAAAUGUCAAUGUGAUAUGAAAAACUGUCAAGGCUAUUAUUUUUAAUCAUAAAAUUACAUUUUUAUAAUAAGGUUAUUUUAUAAAGCUAUCCUUUAUACUUAUUAUAAUUUUAAUUCUUGUAUGAUA